AUGAGCGAAGACGAGCAGGAACAUAUCGAAAACGCCCCAAAUUCCGGUGGUGAAGAAGAACAGAACGUAGCCGAGGAGCAGGAUGCUCCUAUGCAAACCGAUGAACACGCACUUGAUGUGGAGCAGCACAACGCUGCGUCGGAGCAAGAUUUCUUCAAACACAGCGCCUGCAUCGAAGUAGCACGAUGCUCCUGGGAUCGACCGGUACGACAAAACUAUCUGCAGGGAUGCCACUGGUCACCGGAUGGAACGUGCGUGCUCACAACGGUCAACAACGAUGGAAUGCACAUUGUCGAGCUGCCAACCGAUCUGUACAGCAACGAUAGCGUCUCCGAGGACCGUCCGGUCGAUCUGCUCACCUCGGCCGUCCACGUGAAGGAAGGUGGACUCGUGUACGAUUGUGCCUGGUAUCCAGCGAUGAACAGUGGGCGACCGGAAACUUGCUGCUGGAUCGCCUCCCGUCAGCACGAACCGAUACAGCUGUGGGAUGCAUUUACGGGAGGUUUACGCUGCUCGUACAAAGGGUACGACCAGUUUGAUGAGGUUGAGGCGGCCCUUAGCCUUACCUUUGCACCGAUCGAUGGGGCCACACUGUACGGUGGGUAUAAAAAAUCCAUUAAAUGCUUCGACAUAAACGUUCCCGGCCGGGAGUCAUGCUCGUGGCGGACAAAAUCUACCGCUUCCUGUAUGGCGAUCGCUUCGUCCAUGCCGCAAACAAUCCUCUACGGUUCGUGGAACCGUAGCAUAUCCGCACUGGACACACGGUCGGGCGACUGUCUGUCCGUGGGUAACUAUGCACCAGCAAACAGCCAUACGGCAGGUGUGACCUGGAUUGUAUUUGCACCCGAUACGGAAACAUUGUUCGUUACCGGUGCCAGGAAGGAUCCGAAAGUACUGUUCUGGGAUGUCCGAAAACUAUCACAACCAGUUCAAACACUGCAACGAACAUGUGGCACUAAUCAGCGGAUCUAUUUGGAUUUUUCUCCCCUUGGACAGUGGCUUAUAAGUGGUGAUAGUCGGGGCGUGCUGCAUGCAUGGAAUGUGCGCGAGCUGGAUGAGAAGGGUCAACCGAAGGAACUACUGUUUCCACUUCACUGGGACUGUUUGAAUGGUGUUUCAUUUCAUCCACACAGACCGAUUAUGGCUACCGCCAGUGGUCAGUAUCAUUUUCCCAACGCAGCAUGGCAAGAUGUUGAGGACGGUGAACCGGACGCCUUGGAAUCGACCAUUGCAAACCGUCCCAAAGUGGAAAAUUCUCUCACAAUGUGGUGGAUUGGUAAAGGGCUUUUUUCGGAAGAAUAA